GAAGGCUCAGUCAGUGUUUCUUCACCGUUCCAUACGCAGCAUUCCAACAAGACUGAAAAUUCGAAAUUCUAAAGGAUCUCAACUUGAGCGAUGGUUGGAGAGAUUUCUAACAAGAGAAGCAAGGAGGCGGUGGAAGAGGACGUGCAACGGCUGAGGGACUGGCUCGACAAGCAGCCCCACCUCCCUCACGAUGUUGAGUAUUCUAUCCUGCUGGCCUUCGUCUGCGGCACGAAAAGCCUAGAGAUAGCCAAACGUAAGCUGGAUGCCUAUUUCUCAAAUCGUAACAGGGCGGUGAGACUUUACGAUGAGGUAACUAGAACUGUGAAUGCACAAUACAGGGAGAAAUCUAAGGCUGUGAACCAAUUCUACUUGACAAAUGACACUCCUGAGGGUCACACAGUGUAUUUUGUGUCAUUAAACGAUUGCUUUAGCAAAGUAUUUGACCACCCGCACGAAGCGACGCGAAUGUUGAUGUUGCUGGAACUACGAAUGAAACAGUGGAAUAAUACGAGUGAAGCCGGGGGUUACUCCGUCUUUGACUGUGCUAAGUUGCCUGCCACGGCGUUUACAAUGUUAAAUCCCUCCGUCGUUGCCGCUGUUUUGGGUUCUUUUCAGGAUGGAUACCCCAUGAAGAUGCAUGGAUGCUUUUGUAUCAACGCUCCUUCCUCACUUGAUUUUAUAGUUAACCACUUGGUUAAGCCCGUGCUGAAAGCUAAGUUAUUUAACAGGAUAAAAGUUUUCAAGGAUGGAGCGUCAAACCUAAAAGACUACAUGCCAUUAGAAAUGCUGCCCUCCGAUUACGGAGGCAAUGACAAAUCUUCAGCAGAACUAAAUGAUUACUGGUUGGACCAACUGGAAGAAAAUAGGGAAUGGUUCCUGAAAUCCACAAGGCAGUCCUCAGACGAGAAGAAGCGCCCUCCAGACUCCCAGAACACUUACGGAAUUGAAGGAACCUUCAGGAAACUGGCAGUCGACUGAGCCAAAGAAUCACAAUUAUUAUUUUAUGUACAAGCAACUUAUACAUAACAUAGUCUUAGAGAAAUGCUAGCACAGAGUAUCGUUAUGUAAUAAUGUAAUAUUGUAAUAUAUUUCCUAUCACGUGGCCACUACAGGUGGACUACAUAUAGUUCUAGAAAAUAAUUUCAUAAAUAUUAUAGAUUUACAGUACAUGCACAUUUUAAAAAGUUUUAAAUUAGAACCAAACCUUUUUUGGAGUUUUCUUUUAAAUCAUAAUUAACAAGAAAACAGAAAU